AUGGCGGUCCUCGACCAAGACAAUUUCUCCGACAUAUCGUGGCACGGCGAGCAGAGUACAGAUACUGCACGGCCCAGCGCAUCGUCGGCGGCGCACGACUUUGCAAGUCCAGAUCCCGGCGCAAGCCGGCGGCGGUCGGAAGAGGAGUUUGGUGCCGAUGAUCAUGGCCACAGCGGCCAUGCCGGAGGGGAGGAGCUGGAUUGUGUGGUGUCAGAGCCGCAUAAGGAGAAUGAUGGGACCAAGGAUGCUUAUGUGUCGUAUCUGAUUACUACAAAGACCACAUUCUCUACCUUCCAACGACAAACGACUACUGUCCGCCGUCGCUUUACAGACUUUGUCUUCCUCUACAAAGUACUUUCGCGCGAGUACCAGGCCUGCGCCGUGCCCCCGCUGCCCGACAAGCAGCGCAUGGAGUAUGUCCGGGGCGACCGGUUCGGUCCAGACUUCACAGCCCGCCGUGCCUAUUCCCUACAGCGCUUCCUCGCCCGUCUCGCCCUUCACCCCGUUCUCCGCCGCGCAAGCAUACUGCACACGUUUCUGGAAAGUCCCGACUGGAAUGCGACGAUGCGCAGUCGGGCAGGGAGGCUUGGGCCCGGGAGCGACGUGGGCGGACUGAGCCAGAGCCAGUCAGUCAGCAGCAAUGCGGGCAGUGGGGGUGGUGUGUUUGAUUCGUUCGCGGACAGCUUCAUGAAUGCGUUCACCAAGGUGCACAAGCCGGAUCCGCGGUUCAUUGAGGUGAAGGAAAAAUCGGACAAGUUAGAUGAGGACCUCAACCACGUGGAAAAGAUUGUUGCCCGGGUAGCCCGGCGCGAGGCCGACUUGGAGACGGAUCUGAAGGACUUGGCCGAGCAGUUCCAGAAACUCAUUACGCUUGAGCCGGGCGUCGAGUCAUCGGUCCAUGCCUUUGCCGCCUCGGUCGAGGACACGUCGACCGGACUCAAGAAGCUCAAAGACCAUACGGACCAGGACUACCUCUCCUCGCUACGCGACAUGGUCGCCUACUCGGCCGCACUCAAGAACCUCGUGAAGGCCCGCGAGCAGAAACAACUCGACUACGAGCAACUGACAGAAUACCUCAACAAAUCCACAUCCGACCGCGACCAGCUCGCAUCCGGCCACCAGAGCUACGCCUCAGGCCCCUUCGGCUCCGGUGCGCUCGGCGGCGCAGGCGGAUUCAUCCGGUCCAAGAUCGAAGACGUGCGCGGGGUCGACCACGAGCAGGCGCGGCGCGACCGACAGCGCAAGCUAGAGCUACGAAUCGACGAGCUCACACGCGAGGUAGAGAGCGCACGGCUCGAGUCGGAUCAUUUCGCCGACCAGGUCGUGCGCGAGGUCGAGAGCUUCGAGUGGAUCAAGAAGGUCGAGUUCAAGCGCCAGUUUGCCGGGUUGGUGGACGCCCACGUGGAUUUCUACGGCGGCGUCAUUGAUACGUGGGAGCAGUAUGUCCGUGAGAUGGAGCGCGAGGGUAUCGUGCUGCCGGCUUAG